AUGAGAUAGAUAGAGUGGAAAUUUGAGGUAACAAAUAUUUGGGGGAGAAAAAAGUGAGUAAAGACGGGGCUCUCAGUGCGGAUGCUGGGACUGGGGGCCACUCAAUUGGAGGACGACAUGCAUCGCCUCCUCUCCUCACUCUUUCAUCAGGGAGUGUUGGACGACCAUUUCUCGCAGCUGCAGCGCUUGCAAGACCACGAUUCCCCCAACUUUGUCGUUGAAGUCGUCUCCAUUUACUUUAGAGAGUCUGAGAAGCUCCUCACGACUCUGCGUGCCCUCCUUUUGGAGAGAGAGUGUACGGACUACAAGAAGAUGGGAACCCAUUUGAACCGGCUGAUGGGUAGCAGCUCCAGCAUUGGUGCAAAUCGAGUUAGAAACGUCUGUGUUGCCUUGCGCACCUUCUCCGAAAGGAGCAACAGAGCUGGGUGCAUAAAUUCGCUGGAGCAACUCGAAUACGAGCAGUGCUUACUAAAGAGCAAGCUCCAUGAGCUAUUCCAACUCGAGCAGCAACGUCUCAUGGCAUCUGGACUGGGAUAUGGAUAUCAUUCUAUCAUGCUCGACUGAAAUACUUCCCUCUUUUUUUAUUUUGGAUUGUGAAAUGGAGGACGUACUUCAAUGUGUGUGAUCCCUCUCUCUUUCUCUAGAGAAAUGAAUAGAAUAGAACCAACUUCGCCUGUUAGUGAAGACCCUACGGUGUGUGUG